GCCCUCGCUCCACCCCCUCCAACUCCCCUCUCCUCUCCCUCCCUCCCUUCUUCCCCGCCGCCGCCGCCGCCAUCUACCAGGCCAGCUCCAGCGAACGAAGUCUCGACAGUCCGGGGCCGCUGAGAUCUCGCCGAGGGAGGGAGAGCAGCAUCGGCAGCAGCAGCAGCAGACAUGUCGUCGGGACGGUACAUGGCCUACUCGCCCUCGCCGUCGACCACCCCGCACUCCCCCCGCAUCGGCGGCCUCCGCACCCCGUCUGCCGCCGUCGCCGAACAGGAGAAGUACCUUGCCGAACUGCUCGCGGAGAGGCACAAGCUUGGCCCGUUCAUCCCAGUGAUCCCGCAUAGUGUACGGUUGCUGAAUCAAGAAAUUUUACGUGUUUCCACACUAUUGGAGAACGCGUCCCUUUUAAACCAAAGUGGCCUUGAACAUGGUAGUCCACUAACAACGGGAGGAUUGUAUUCAAAUGGAGCAGCUACUGACAUGAAUGGGUGGACAUCAGCAUUUCAAUCAGAAAGUUCACCAGCUUAUAGCUGGCUUGGAGGAUCACAAGGCAGCUCCUCUGGACUUAUUGUCAAGAAAACAAUGAAGGUCGAUAUCCCAGUAGACAAAUAUCCAACAUACAAUUUCGUUGGUCGCAUCCUUGGUCCAAGAGGAAAUUCCUUGAAGCGGGUGGAGGCAAAUACAGACUGCCGCGUGCUAAUAAGAGGUCGCGGCAGCAUUAAAGAUCCAGCACGGGAGGAGAUGAUGCGAGGGAAGCCAGGAUAUGAACACCUGAAUGAACCCCUUCAUAUAUUGGUUGAGGCAGAGCUACCUGUUGAAAUCAUCGAUGCUCGCCUGAUGCAAGCCCGCGAGAUCCUUGAAGAUCUGCUAAAGCCUGUGGAUGAAUCCCAGGACUUCUUCAAGAAGCAGCAGCUACGGGAGCUUGCAAUGCUUAAUGGUACCCUUCGUGAGGAAGGGAUGCAGAGAUCUGGUUCAGCGUCCCCUUUCCACAACAGCCUUGGAAUGAAGAGAGCUAAGACAAGGGGGUAAUGAACAGAGGUGCAAGCAUCAUGAAGGGAGAACCAAAUCAUCUAUUCUGAGACCGAUCCUGUGUACACAUGGGGUUGCCUUGCUGGCUACUGGCCCAAUACGGUCUCGCACCACCAGCAUCGGGGCGGCCGUACCGUACCUGAUAAAACAUAUAUCUGGAGUUGUGUUUCCUGCUACUGGGGUAGUUUGGUUAUGCGCCAUAGGUCGUUGCGCUAUAUAUUGGGUUGUGCAGGGUUUUGUAGCAAUGUGGUUUGUGUAAUGCUCAUUUGGAGCGUUUGAAAGCUCUCGGCUUGUAUUUCUUAUCAAGACAAGAUAGUAUUUAAGGACGCUGUUUGGGAUUGAAGCAAUGCUCUAACUGUUUAUCUGUGUGUACACGGCAAGCAUGGAGGCUUGCUAUAUUUCAUUGGAACCUCUCGUUUGCUACUUUCAA